AUGAAUAAUCUGGAUGGAGUAGAUAAAGUUAAAACUAGAUCUAUGAAUGUAUGCGAAAGGAUCCUCGAUUUGAAGGUAAAAAGAGUUUACUGUCAUAUAUCAAAAGAAAAGAAAACAUAAUUGAUUCAAACUGUACUGAAAUAAAAAUGCAAAAUUAAGAAAGUGAGUUUUAUUAAAAAAAUUUAGAUAGCUAAGGACUUGAAUAUCAACUAUGCCACAGCAAAAACGAUACUUCAUUGUUAUAAGAAAAAAUAAAUAAAUUUGGAUGUAGAACCUGAGGUGAAAAGGGCCUGUUAUAAAUAAAUAAAGAAAGACUCUAAAUUAUAUGUUUAAAUUAAACUAGGAGAGAAAAUAAUCAAUCAAUAUGAGUAUUUUGAUGCUCUCAACAGAAAUUCAUGA